AUGGGACGUCCAAAAAAGAAAGUCAGCCAGGAAAAGAUCGAACAGUUCCAAAAGGAACUGGAACUGGCGGGAGAUCAAAUCGAUACCUUACUACGCGAUAAGAAGGGUAGAUCCACAGCCUGUCUUCUUUGCAGAAGGAGAAAACAGAAGUGUGAUCAUCAACUACCGAGUUGCACAGCUUGUUUGAAAGCUGCUGUGAAAUGUGUACAACCAUCAAGAUACAAUGAAAAACAUGAAUCCGAUGAUAAUGACGAGGUGGAUAACGAAAAUGAACAACUUACGAAACAACAAGACGAUCAUGUGCAGGCACCCUUGAAUACACACUUAUUGAGCUUCCCCAUUCAGAAACUUUCCGUCUUACCCUUGGCUAAUAAUAACAGCAUAUCCAUGGAGAUCAAAGAACAACAGAAACCAAACAAGAUUACCAAACCAAAGCAAAAUAAAUCCAAAGAUCAAUACACGUCUUUUAUUGAAAAGAAACUGAAAUUUUUGGAAAAACUAAUUGAUCUGCCCGUAGGUGGAACAGCCUUUAAUAAGAGAAUAACUCAAUAUAAGAAAAUUACCCAUCUAUUGGGUGAAAUUGAUGACUUAGAAAAUAUUCCUUUACCGUUAAAUGAUAACAUAAUCAACAAACAAGCAGCAGGUAUGUUGCCACCUCCAAUACUCCAAAAUAAUAAUGGUAUCUCCGCAUCCACAUCGCCUACAACGUCCACAUCGCAAGAUAACAGUAAUGAACAAAUGAAUAACGUCAAACAAUUGAUACCCGCAUUAUCUACAGAUUCACUCGAUUCCGUGGAUUUCUCCAAAUGUAUUUUCGCCAAGUAUAACUUGAAGGAAUUUUUAACUUACGACCCUGCAUUCGAAUUCGAUGAACAGCUAUCAAGAUCUUUCUUGGAUACUUUCUUUACCAGAUUACAAUUCAAAUAUCCAUUACUUGAUGAACAAGAAAUAUACACUUUCCAUGACCACUACACAAACAACAAGAUCCAUUCAUAUUCACAAAUAGAUUUCCAUUUCGCAUCAGGUAGAAUGUGGCUUGUCUUUUCCAUAAGUGCAUGUCUUCACAUGACUACGGGUAAAUACAAAGGUUUACCACCAGUCAGAUAUUUUUCCACUGCCAUUAGACACAUUUCACGUUGUAAAGAACAUUUAAACCACGUACAAAAGAUCGAAUUGCUAACGUUACUCGUAUUGUACAUCCUAAGAACAGAUAGAGACUCAUUGGUCCUGUACGAAAUUAUCAAGGACGUAAUGAACAUUUGUCAAAAUGAUUUGCAUUUGAAUAAUUGGCAUCCACAGGAUCCAUACGCAAAUAAAAAAUUAAGAUUAUUUUGGUGUGUUUAUCUGUUGGAAAGAAUGAUUUGCGUUGCAGUGGGGAAACCUUACACCAUCAAGGAAUCCGAUAUUAAUUUACCCCUAUUCGAUGAACAUUCAUUCAACACAAAAAAUUCUAAGAUACAAGGUGUCCAUUUCAUAAAUCAAUCAUUGAAAUUACGUAGGAUUGAAUCCAAAUUCGUGGAAAUAUUAAAAAUUUUGCCCAAUAAUAAACAGUUCGCAGCAGAAUUGGGGACAAGACAAGAUCAACUCCCCCUAGUGAAAACUUUCUUCCAUGAUUUAGAAUUAUGGAGAGCAUCGUGCUCAAUCAAUGAUGUGAGAAAUUUUGAGAAUGAAACUUUGAAACUUUAUUAUUACAGAUCCGUAAGAUUAUUGAUUCAACCGUAUUUGGAAUUCAUUACUCCCGAGGAUAGGCUAUUCAGGGAAUGUCAAGCUGCAGCGGGGCAAAUUUGUCAAUUGUAUAAGAUAUUCCAUCAAAAGACCGUCCAUGGACAUUCCACUCCAGCGGUACAUACAGUGUUCGUGGCAGGUGUCACUUUAAUUUAUUGUAUGUGGUUAGCUAGAAAUUUGGAUGAUGAAAGAAGAAAAAAAAUGGGCGAUUAUUCUAAACAUACAAGACCUCUCAUUAGUGGUUCUCUAUUCUCCACUAUGGACGAUUUAAGAGCUUGUUCCGUUUGUUUAUACGUGAUGACAGAGAGAUCAAAAUUUGCCAGAAUAUUUAGGGAUACUUUUGAUCAAUUGAUGAACGCAACUGUUGGAAACUUAAUUGAAAGAUGUGGACCAGAUUCUUCUGAACUAAUCUAUAUAUCUUCUGGGAAUUACGAUGUGGAAACUUUUGAAGAUAGUUCGAAAAAUAGUGAGACCAAAAACAUGAUGGAAUUGAAAGGGUUUAGAGGUAGUGGUGUGUCUACUAAAAAUAAUAAAAAUAAGAAUAAUGGUCUUCCACCAGCAACGGCAAGAACUUUUGGUAAAAGGCAAGCUGACGAGCAUGUUGGAUUUGUGGAAAAUUCACAGGUAGAUUUAGAAGAACAAAAGGAAUUCAAAAAGAGACAAGGUAUGUUAGAGAAGACAUCUGUUCCAAGUAGUCUAGCUCAUUUACUUGUGAAAGUAGAAGAUGAAAAAAGGUUAUUGGAUAGACAAGAAAAGGCUACUGCAAUGGCUCAAUCUGGGUCUUACUUAUCGAAUACGAGCCCUGCUUCUAUACCUAUGGCAAAUCAAUUGGAUAUAAAUACAGAGGCAAACAAAGGAUAUGACACAAUGCCAAAAAACGAUUCCAAUCAAUAUAUCAUUAAGAAGCCUGUGAACUCAACAGAAUUUGAUUGGAAGAGUUUUCAACAGCAAGCGUUUUUACAACAGCACUUGGCUCAACAAAACUUACAAGCUUAUUUAUCGUCGUUGCACUAUAAUGACAAGGAUGUAUCUUCAAUUCCCUUGAAUACUCAUAUGAACAAUGGGAUCCAAUCCUUGAACCAGCAACAACAACAACAACAAAUCAACGACCAGCAACGCCAGGAACCUUCUUCCAUUACAGCAGGGCAACAAAAUACCGCAGAUUUCUUGAGCAAGCGAUCCUUGUUAAACUUAAUGAAGGAUUUCUCUUCAACUUUGGAUCCACCACAACCUGUGGUAUCAUCUAAUUCAAAUUCAAGUAAAGACAACAGCAUUUCACCCCAUAUGCAGACCAGAUCCACUACGCCUAGUAAUUCUAACUCGAAUAUGCCUCAAGAUUUGGCAACGACCUUAGCAGGAGAUAUCUUAUUUACCAAUGGUACUAAUGAUAUGAUUAAUAAUAUUUCUACAUGGACAAAUAACGCUCUAGUUGGAGCAACAGGCAUGCUACCUCCACAGAAUUAUGAUAAUCAAGCAAGCACAUACCCACAAAUGCCACCGCAAAAUUCAAUGGACUAUCACCCACCUACUUCUGUGCAACAACAGCAACAACAUAAUUUUAUGCCAUAUCAAGCACCUAUACAAGCAGGGAUACCCACGGGGAAUGUACCAAAUAUGUCCUUCAGAAACGAGGGAAGAGGUCCUAAUCCGGCGGUAAAUAACAUUCAAGCGCAUGCCGAAAUGAUGAGUGUGAAAAAUGGUGCAAAUCCAGCACCGGGCUGGGAUAAUAUUACAUCCAAUACGCCAGCUGAAGAAUUUUGGACAGUCAAUGAUGAUUAUGGCUUCUUAACGUGA